CAUUUUAUAAGCGUGUGUGAAGCGUGAUUGACGGUAGAACCGAAAAAACGAAUAUUUUCCGAUAAGACGUGUACAAAUGCAUUAAAAUAAGCUGUUUUUCUAUUUUCUACAGUUUUUGAAUUAAAAUUAAAAACGACGUCAAUAUGUUGGACGAUCUGCCUGCUAGUCAAAUUACGCUGUACUCGAUACUGAUUUUCCUGUUUUUAGAGAAUUUGAUAAAUCUGUAUUUAACUCGGAGACAAAUUUAUGUUUACCAAACGAGUAAAGAUGUCCCAUUGGAACUGCAAGGCGUAAUGGGAAAGGAUACAUUCGAGAAGGCCCGGCUUUACGGACUGGACAAAGCAAAUUUUGAAGUGUUCAAACUACUUGUAUGCGAUAUUGCUAUUUCAUCGAUUGAGUUGUACUCUGGCUUUAUAGCUAUGGUGUGGGCUCGAGCCACAGUGCUGACGGCAAAACUGGGAAUGAAUAUUGACAGCGAAAUUCAGGUCAGCAUUAUGUUUCUGGUGCUGAUUAAUAUCAUAGGAACAUUCAAGGAUAUGCCGUUCAAGAUUUAUUCUACAUUUGUGCUAGAAGACAAGCACGGAUUCAACAAACAAACUCCGGGAUUUUUUGUGAAGGAUCAGAUCAAAUCGUUUCUGCUUGGACAAAUUUUGUCAGUUCCAAUUGUAUCGGCUAUCGUCUAUAUUGUCCAAAUUGGGGGCGACUAUUUCUUUAUUUGGUUAUGGGCAUUCAUGGGAGUCGUUUCACUUGUUCUGAUUACUGUUUAUCCGGUCUAUAUUGCCCCAUUGUUUGAUAAGUUCCGACCUUUAGAAGAAGGAAAAUUAAAAACUAGUAUCGAAAAUCUUGCGGCAUCCCUGAAAUUUCCUCUUGGAAAGCUUUUCGUUGUGGAAGGUUCUAAGCGAUCAGCUCAUAGCAAUGCUUACUUCACUGGACUUUUCGGAGCCAAGCGUAUUGUACUUUUUGAUACGCUGCUUAUCAAUAAAGGACUCUCCGAUGAUACUGAUUUGACCGAUGACGAAAAAGGAAAAGGAUGCGAAGAUCAAGAGGUACUGGCUGUACUUGCUCACGAGUUAGGACAUUGGAAGCUUGGCCAUAUACGAAAAAAUAUCAUCAUCAUGCAGGUCCAGAUGUUUCUUCUGUUUAUAGCGUUCUCGCAGUUGUUCAAGUAUUCACCACUUUACCAGGCUGUAGGAUUCCCGGAAAAUGUCCAACCAAUUCUAAUAGGAUUUCUCGUCAUCGCAAUGUACAUUCUGGCUCCCUACAACACACUCAUUUCAUUUGGUAUGACCGUUCUGUCCCGUCGUUUUGAGUACCAAGCCGAUGAGUUCGCCAACGGGCUCGGAUAUUCGGAAGAUUUGGGUAAGGCACUCGUGAAGCUCAAUAUCGACAACCUAGGUUUUCCGGUCUACGACUGGAUGUACUCGACGUGGAAUCAUUCGCACCCAACGCUACUGCAACGUCUGGAACGAUUGAAGACUCUUCAGAGAAAAGACCGAUAAGCUUUGGUACUGUAUUGGGAGGCUGACUCGGGAAAGCUGUAUUUAAUUUUCUAGUCCAGAGUUGCAGAGAACAACAAUGCAGAACAGGUAACAAUUGUCUACAUAAGAUAUUGCAGCUUUGAAUAAAGAAUUUUAACUGACGAA